GACAUGCUGCUUGACAGAGUGUCCGUGUUUUUGUGACCUGGGGACAUUUCAGCAUUUUUACGGCCGAUCGAGACGAUGGGGCAAGAGGAAAGCCACAGUGAGGAGAUGGACUUGGCGCAGAUUCAGGAGCUGUGCAUCAUUUUCAUGAAAGAGUGUCCGAGCGGUGCUCUGCAUUUGCACGAGUUCAAGAGGAUCUUCGGAGUCCCCAGCACGUCUGCAGAGGAGUCGCUCUUCAUUGAAACAAUAUUUCGCUCCUUUGACACAAACCAGGACAACGCCCUGGACUUCCUGGAGUAUGUUGCGGCGCUUCAUCUCAUCCUGCGAGGAAACCUUGAAGACCGGCUCAAGUGGUCUUUCAAGAUGUAUGACAAGGACGGAAAUGGAAAGUUAGACAGGAAAGAGGUGAAACGCAUCAUCAGGAUUCUCUACAAAAUCAAGCUCCAAAAAACUGAUGUUACUUUGACACCAUCUGAAAUCUGUGACAGAAUCUUUGACCUGGUUGACCAGAAUAAUGAUGGUCAAAUAACCUUGUCAGAGUUCAUGGAGGGAGCUCAGAAGGAUGAAUGGGUCAUGAACAUUUUCAAGUUGGAUGUCAACGCCUCCAGCUGGGUCAUCCACAAUUGUGGCAAAUGAUGGAAGUAAUGAUCGCACCGAUGUAACGAAGAGGAUCCACAGCUUUGGUAAAACAUAGACACAUAUGCUGUCUAUGUGUUUUCUUUUUGUCUCCAUGUUGAGCUUCUUUCAUGACAUUUGAAGGCGGAGGGCAAUGAACCUUCUGACAGGCUCUGUUUUGCGACUGAUUGAGCGUCAGAAUCUUUGCUACAUUCCUAAGAUCAGCCGGCAGGGAGCUCAGGAAAGCCAAUAUUGGGAGGACGUUCGUUGUUAUUGGAAAUAUGAUUAUGCCAACAGUUAUAACUCCCUACCCUCCUUGUGUGAAGGCCACUAAAAGCUAAUAGUAAUGUUAUGUUGAUGUUUGCAUUUUAUGAUGAUUUUGAAUGUCACUACGUAUUAUGUUUGAGUAAAUACUUAACUCCGUGUUUUUACAAAUUUGUCAUCUUGUUUGUACACCUUCUUUGUGUUUUGGUUUUGUUUUCCAUACCUGUGCAACUUCCAAAAGUACAGAGUCCCCAAGGGAACACAUUCUUUUUUUGUUUAUUUUUUAUUUUUACCCAUCAAUUUUUUUUUCAUGUCCACUUGGGGUCUUGGAAAAGUGUAAAAUCCCUUGUCAUUCAUUUAAUGAUAGUUUAUGUUUUCAGCGACCUCAAAUGGUCACUUCAGGUAUUGCAAUUUCAGAAUGUCUGUUUUGAACAAAACUUUAUUUGACGGCGGUAUCCAUCAAGUCAUUUCACAACUUCGUGGUGUCCUUUUGAAGAAAAAUACUGUAUAGAUAUUUUGUUUAAGGUUGCAUCUCCGGUAUGUAGUGGAAGUUUGUGCAAGAUGCCUGCAAAUGUAUUAUUUGACUUUAAAAAAGAGUCCUAUGUAAAUAACCUGCGAUUUGCCAAAUCGUCCAACAUGGCGUCUGUAGCAUAAGGUCAUAUUAUUUGGACAUGUUUAAUGUUUUCUAUAGUAGCAAUGCAUUCUAUGAGUGGAUAUUUUGCUGCACAUAUCCAUAUUUUGAUUGCAUUGUCCGUCUUCUUUUCAGUUUCACCCUGUUGAAUGUCAUUAAACCUGCUGACAAGUGGUUCCAAAUCACAAAACACUGGAAAAAAAAAAGUGUUGUGAUUGGUUUUGUCAGUAAUGUGUCUGUGAUUGGUGACCAGUCCAGCAAGGUACUAACACACGUGUUACCCACAACAGGGGAAGUGGUACAACAAGUCGAAUACCAAUAUCAAACCUGGGAUGGAAAUGACACCAAACCUUCAUCCAUUUUCUACCACAUGGAGUCUACCCCAGCUGACUAUUGGUGAAAGGAAAACUCCAGCAUGGACACAUGCAGACUGACAUCAUGAAUUUGUCUGUACCAGGAGCAAGCCAUAUAUGGAAUGCACUCUGCAGAGAGAAAUCUGAAUGAAAGAACAGCUCUCAGUUGAACAUGUCUUGACUUGCAUGGUUAAAGUCUUACACUUGUAUUUGUUUACUACUGGCAUAGCUGGCUACAAAUAGUUGGCUGUUGGUCAACUCUGACAUCCACCUGUUCUGUGAAAGGUAGAUGAGAGCACUCUGCACGUCACAAUCUCUGUCAUGCAUUGUCAUUUAUUGCUGUUAAUGCACGGGUGUCCAAACUUUUCCCAGCGAGGGCCAUACACUGAAAAAUGAAAGGAUGUAAGGGACACUUUGAUAUUUUGGAAACCAACCGAUGUAGACAUGCAAAGUUAUAUAUGUUCCAAGAAUUUCAGCUUUAUGAUACAGGUGAAAUGCUACUAAAAUGACAUGAUUUUCCCCAUAAUAUUACAAGUUUAUUGUCAUAAAAUUUCAACUUUUUCUCUCAUUCGAUUAUGACAUAUUUCUCUUAAUAUUUAGACUUUAUUUGUGUAAAAUGACAGCUGUUUUUACAUUUUUGCUAUUGUUUUGUUCCAACUAUUUCAACUUUUUUCAUUUCAAUUUGUUUUCUUGACUUUAUUCCCAUAAUAUUUUGACUUUAUUCUCGUGAUAUAUCUUUGAAUCUGUGUUUUGUUUCUCAAAAAUAUGACAACUA